GUUUGACGUGCUAUAAUGAUGGAUACGACACUUCUUUCGCGAUCGUCGUCGACGCCUUCGAAUACGACGUGCAGAUCCGCUCAAGAGAAGAGGACGCACGGCGUCUUCAUUGUGCUGGUGGUGAUUGCCGCAUCCUUUGCAGCAGGCACGCUCGCUGACUGUGGCUACACGCAGCGCAAGUCAACGCAAGCGUGUGCAAUUCGCUUUCAAAUUUGGAUCUGGUCUGGCAUCCGAGUCGGCCAAGUCCGGGGUGGCGUUGGCGAUGGCUUCCACUUGUGGCCGACAUUGUUGGUCCCUACUCGUGUUAAACGUCGGCGACGAGCCUUACGGCACGGAGUCACAUCGCCUUCUCGAACGACAACGAGUUCUUGCAUAUCUUUCGUGUGUGCGGGGACAAGCUCGUCAUGUGUCGAGCGCGCGCAAUUCGUGCGGUACGAAGCGGAACAGUUUUCCGCCGUCAAGAAUACUACUUUCACAACAAAGCCAUUUCAAAAACGUCCCAGGGUUGUCGGGCACAAGGCGAGGUGUGCGACCAGUAACUGAGUCGUUGUGUUCGACAUUCCGAACAACGGGCGACGUGGUAGUCGGCUGUUUCGCCUCGCGCACCAGUGGGGAACCUGGCCAUACCGAUCGUAUGCACUUUACAAACCACGCGAUUCCAGAGUGGGGCGACGGACUCAACGAUAGCUUGCACCGAAGGGGCGUGGAAGAAGGGGGCGAGACCGAGAAAGAAC